UUUCAUGAUGUUCUUCCUUGAAUGCAUCCCAAAUCUCGAGUUCUUUCUUCCGUUCUUCGGAGUAAUGUUCUUCUCCAGCUGUAUCAGCAUCCGACGUUCGCUCUUCAUAGCAUUCCUCCUCAGCAGGAAUAGCCUGAGAACGUCGACGCUUGCGAGACAUGAUAGUGUUUCACAAACUGGCGGACCGCUGCGGACCUUGACCGACAGCAACUGAGCACGUGACUAGUCAGAUAUGGCAAAUUCCCAGACAAAGCAUCCGUAUCCUGAGCUGAUGAUAUCUCCACAGCAGGUGUCGGACGCAGUCCACCGGCACAACGCUGGCGGCCAAGAUGCCCUUGAUCUCAUGAGAACCGGCCAGGAGCGCUUGAUACAAUUGUGCUUCCAAUUACCGCGUGAGAACUCCCAGUCACCGGACCGAAUGUUAUUUGGGGGAGCAAUGGUUGAUCCCCCAUCAUCCUCCUGUUCUUCCUCGCUGGAGGUGACGGUGCAAACUCAGAUUCAAAGUGCUUUGACAGAUUUACGGCACCUGACAAAUAUACCUCCGACUCUCAAAGUCUUGAACAAUCAGGUCAAAAAGGUCGGGGGUUCUACUCCGAUAUGCUCUGGAACGUACAGCGACAUCUGGUUAGGAGAAAUGUUAGGAGAGAAAGUCGCACUCAAAACCUUGCGCAGUAUCACCGACCCUACGAAAGCCAGAAGAAUGACUAAGCGCUAUGAGCACGAAAUGAAUGUAUGGGAAAAGCUUAAACACGACAAUAUUCUGACAAUUUACGGUGUCAUCACCAACUUGGGACCCAUUCACAUCGUAAGAUCCCUGCUUCUGCAAUCAUGUUUAUUACCUGAUAAAAUUCUGCGUUCCACGCAGGUGUCAACGUGGCAAGAAAAUGGCAAUGUACUAGAGUAUGUCAUGCUGGAAUGCAGUACAUCGCUGUUCUUAAUCGUGCUCAGAUACCGCACCAAGAACCCCGACAUCAACCCCCUCACUUUGCUCGCACAAGCCGCAAGGGGCAUCGAGUAUCUUCAUGGAAGCAACAUUGUUCAUGGGAAUCUGAAAUGUAAUAAUAUGCUGGUUUCCUCCGAAGGUGUAGUAUGCAUCGGUGACUUUGGACACACUCAGGUUCUAGACGAAGUGCUCGGGAGGGAGGGAUUCACCGCUUACACUGGGUCCUCCAACGUGCGUUGGAACGCUCCGGAACUCCUGGGUGGCGACGAUGUCAAGCCCACCAAAGCCAGCGAUGUCUUCGCGUUCGGAAUGUCUAUCCUGGAACUUGUAACCAAACAGGCACCCUAUUCGCACAGAAAACGUGAUCUCACUGUUAUCAUGGACAUCAAUGACGGACAUUUGCCUCCUCGUCCAACGGAGCCGGAAGAUGUCUCACGGUGGAUGCAUGACGAACUAUGGGAAGUUUUGAAUAGGUGUUGGUAUUUCAUGGCUCAGGAGCGGAUGGAUAUUGGAGAAGUCACAAUCUGUCUUGAGGGACUCGCCAAGUAUCUCGGGAAUCAUCCGAAUUGGCAAACGGAAGAGGCCAAUAUUGAGAUCGUUCAAUAAGAUGUUGUCCUCGCGUAUGCUGUGAUGAUCUACGCAUGUACAUAUGGUAAUUACGUUAUCAAAAUGACCUCAGAGAGAUCUGCGGCUUCAUACUCUGCUGCACUGGGCCCGCUGCACCUUCGACAGCCUUCCGAAUCGACAUCUCAAGUACUUCCCGCACAGAGGGGUCCAGCUGAGUAGUGGCCUCCUUGAAGGACGCGGGCGAGCUAGCUGCCAGGGAAAGCAAGUGUGUUACGCCACUAGAGUGUAUUGUCGAUGGAGGCAUCUGAGAUGGGCGUAGAAGUAAUGUGAUUGUUGGUAGCAGGACACUCAAGAGACGGGAACCUGGACAAUUGAAGU